AUGGGAGGGGUUGUAGUUAAACUCAAGUUCAACUCAAAAUCUAAUCAAGUUAAACAGUUUGAUCCAGACGAAAAAUGGAGCAACCUGUAUCGAGAAAUGGAAAAGAACAACAUCUACCGUUGGGUAGGCCUGAAGAAUGGAGGUGAUAUGAUAACCAUCUAUGAAAAAGAUGGUGAAGAAGGAAUCAUCAAGUUCGCAGAAGAAAAAAUUGCGCCCAUGCUCUUUGAUGAAGGUCUUAAUGGACCUCAUGUGGUAACCGUCAACGACUACAUAAAAUGGAGAAAAGCAUCCAACCUGGAACUGGGAAUCUCGGAAGAUGAUUCUGAAAGCUUUGAAACGAGGUUUUUAGAGCAUAAAGCCUUAUGGAAAUUGAAUAAACGUGGAGUAAAGGGAGAGAAUAUCAUUCAUUUGUUACUAAACCGAGAUCAAGAGGUUUGUCAUGAGAUAGCACGUAUUCUUCUCAAAAAAUAUCCGGGACUCUGUGAUGAUAUAUACUUGGGGAAUGAGAAUUUUGGACAAACUGCUCUACACUUAGCGAUUGUGCAUAACGACUAUGAAACCGUUCAGUUGUUGCUGGAAUGUGGAGCCAAUGUUAACGCACGGGCUUGUGGCGAUUUUUUCAGACCAGAAGCUUUUAAUCAGGGAAAGAAAAUAACUGAUUAUCAAGGUUGGGCCUAUUAUGGAGAAUAUCCCCUUGCUUUCGCUGCUUGUUUUGGUAAUAAAGAUAUCUACGAUAUGUUAAUUCAACAUGAUGCUGAUCCUAAUAAUCGGGAUUAUUUUGGAAACACUAUCUUACAUAUGUGUGUUAUUAGUAAUAGUAUUUCAAUGUAUUCCUAUGCCGUCCGUCAUUGGCAGUCUCCAGCUGAUAGAGAUGUCGUAAACGAAGCCGGCCAUACCCCACUCACCUUAGCGGCAAAACUGGGUAGAAAAGAAAUUUUCGAGCAGAUGUUAGAGUUAUCGAAAGUGGAAUUCUGGAGAUUUUCUGACACCACGUGUUCCGCUUAUCCAUUAAACACACUAGAUACAAUCCAGUUUGAUGGAUCAACGAAUUAUGACUCAGCUCUGAUGAUUGUUAUUAAUGGGAGGACCCCUGCACAUCUUGAUAUGAUUGGUAGCGAAGUUCUAGAUCGGUUGCUUCAGGACAAAUGGCAAGCUUUUGCUCGGAGAGCAUUGUACAUGCGGAUGGUCAUCUGUAUCAGCCAUUUAAUUUUGAUUGCUUUAUCAGCUGGUUUGAGGCCUACAGAAACAGACAGAUUGUUCUUCCAAAAUCCACGUUAUGAUGACUACAUUCGUCUCGUCACUGAAUCUUUGACGUAUGUUUUAACAAUAUACUUCUAUUGGCAGCAAGCGUUAGAAGUUAAAGCUCAAGGGGUUGUUUCGUAUUGGAGAAAUAUGAUGACAACGCCAGCCAAAGGAAUUUAUUUAAUCUCUAACCUUAUGAUUUUACUUUGUCUUCCAUUACGCAUAGCUCAAUUGUACGAGGUUGAAGAAGCUUUGUUGGCUUUCGCUGUUCCGGGUGCAUUCCUAUAUCUUCUAUUUUUCGCCAGAGUUUUUCGUCUUACUGGUCCUUUUAUUCAAAUGAUUUAUAAUAUGGUUGCUGGAGAUUUGUUCCUCUUCGGUAUCAUAUCUGCAAUCUUCUUGUUACCUUUUUCGUUUGUUUUUUAUUUCUUGGGAGCUGAUAUGCCAGCCAAGCAAGAUUUGAUGGAUCCGAAUUUGAAUAGAUGCAAAGUUACUGGAUAUCGUAUCUAUACUUUCAUUACUAGAGUGGAAACCUUUAUCACACUUUUCCGUGCCAGUAUGGGAGGAUAUGAUUAUGAAGAGCUGGCUUGUGCAAACUAUGAACCCUUCGUUAAAAUCCUCUUUGUACUUUAUAUGUUCGUGAUGCCAAUUAUGAUGAUUAACAUUCUUAUCGCCAUGAUGGGAAACACCUAUACAACAGUAAUUGCAAAAGCUGAAAAGGCUUGGAGGCGACAAUAUGCUCAAAUUAUUAUGACUUUGGAAAGAUCUAUAAGCCCAAAGAAACUUGUGGAGCACAUGCUCAGCUAUAGCAUCAAACUACAGGAAAGCCAAGAAGAUGAAGCUGAAGUACGAGGUUUGAUGGUUGUCAAGAAAACGGACAAAACCAAAGCUGGUGCCCGAAGGCAAGCAACUUUAAACUGGAGAAGAUUGGGCAAAAGAGUUAUUCUCAUUGUUGAAAGACUUGGAGUUGACGAAGCUAUCCGUAUUGUUCAUGGAUUUGACCAGAUGGAAGUCCAUGAAGAUGAUCGACGAGAGCGGAGACCGAUUACACGUAGCAGGCCCAUCACAAUGUACACUAAAGGUCAAGCAGAGAUUGCUACAAUUAAUCCAGCUACGUCACACAACCUACUCGGUGAUCAGCCUGAUGCAGAGUACGAAGUUAUUCGUCAAUCAGGUUCUGAGGAGCCACAAAAUCAGCUUUCCAUCAUGAAGAAAAAGCCUAAGGUCGUUCUCAACGUAGAAAGCCUCCGGGAACUUACGCUUCAAGUGCCACGAUCGCUUCAAGUCCGAGGAAAUGUCACAUUCCCUGCCCAAAUCGACAUUGAUCUCCCCAAUAUGCCCACUGGUAGUGCGCCAACUCGAAAAAUUCCCAAAAGAGAAAGUGCAAGUAGAACCGCUUGA